ACUUACCCUAGGGAUUUUGUUUCCUUCCCUUCACAAAACUAGAAAAGAAAACAAUAUAAUAAAACCCCUGUUACAUACAAUCAGAUUGCAGAUGGGAGCAAGUAUGAACAGUAAAAGAGUCUCAAUGAAUUGGGCGACCAUUUUAGCUGUCAUGUUAGUGGUUUGUACAGGUGUUAGGGCAGGUUCAGGCGCAUCAGAUGAGCCUAUUACAGAAGUUCUGGCCAAAUACGGGCUACCCAUUGGCCUUCUUCCCGAUUCUGUCAAGUCUUAUUCCCUUGCAGAUGAUGGGGAAUUCAAGGUUGAGCUUGAGAAGCCCUGUUAUGUUCAGUUCAAUUGCCUUGUGUACUAUGACGAUAAAAUCACAGGAAAACUCACCUAUGGGAAAAUUAGUGAUUUAGAUGGUAUUAAGGUAAGGAAGUUCUUCAUAUGGGUUAACAUUAAAGGGAUUGAGGUGGAUGUCCCAUCUUCAGAUUUUAUAUAUUUCAAGGUGGGUAUCAUUUCUAAGAAGAUUGAGAUUUCCUGGUUUGAAUCUGUUCCUACCUGCAAGGAUUCCCUUGGUAAUGAACCCUGCAAUGACGUUCAGACAGCAUGAACAGAGGAGGUAUGCUUUCUGGUACUUUCCAGGAUUGUUUUAGGGUUUAUAGUUUUUGAUUUGGGAAUUAUUCACAGAGCUGGAUUGAUAUUGAAUACCCUUCUUGAGCAAAUUGGCGAUGAGUUUCACAUUUGGGGUAUGAUAAUUUAAUUUUUUUUCAUCUGAAUUGUGAACAAUCAUGGGCAGUAAACAUCUGUUUUGAAUUAGUUAU